AUGUUUCGUCCAAACAUAUACAUCUAUAAAUUGCAAACACUUAAUUUAGGCACGAGGAACUCGACGGCUUCCUCUGUUAAUAACAAAAAAAUUGCACAACCAACUGCUGAAUACCAAGAAAUUAUCGAGCGCAAGUGUGCAAAAGAGCUCGAAGAUUUAAUCGACGCGCUCCGAAAAACAAUAAACAAAUUCGUCCUACUGAACGAACCACACGCCUUACGAAUAACAUUUCCACGUAACACCGUAACUCCCGUUCUCCAAUUGCUUUGUCAAUCGAUUCCCACGCGAGAUCAUAAAGAAAUUAAAUGUGAAUUAGAUAAGAUUAAUUCAACGACGGGAAACGCGAUUCUACUUCAAUACGGAAGUCGGAUUGCUGAAUAUUUGAAUAAUCUUUAUAAGCAUUUGAAACUGAGAAUUGAGAACAUCAAGAAUGAGAAUGCGGAAAUAAUGGUUUUUUAUGAAGGAAAUUUGGAUUUUGAAAAAAUUUGGAGAUCUGUGAAACUUUAUGAUGAAAAAAUUUGUAUAGCAGUUUUGAAUACCGAUACAUGA